GAGUCAUCAUCAUAUGUAUAUGACAUAAAUGAAUGGCAAACGAAUCCGGAAAUGACAGGAUGGUGGUGGUACUUUUGUUCGUGGCGCCAUGACGUUCCUAAAAUAACUUUAACGUUAGCGAUUCAUUCCCCGAAAGCUGACACAGAACUGCAUGUUUUAAGCUAGCUCCUUAGUCCAGCUCAUCUUCACUGGUGUUGUAAACCAAAGGCAUUAUAAACAUGUUCGGUGUUACACUGUAGGUGUGAGGAAGAAGUGUGCAAAAAUAAUUUCUUUUUAAUUAAGAACGACAUUAGUUUCUGGAUAUCUUCGGGUUUGGGGGCUUUGUAGAGCGGAGGACGUCUUUAUUUGGAUUUAGUCGAUACGAGAGCGCAUCAAAGUCAUUCAAUAUAAGGUUUUGAAAAGAGAUUUAAAAAAAUCAGCGAGGACGUUGCAUUUCCUUUGAAAGGCGCACGCAGGUGCUAUUUGACUGUAAGUGGGUCAAAUCAGAAUAAGAAUAAGCCAGCUCUAUCUUACUGUACUUAACCCCUAUUCACAGCAGACUGGUAAAGAAUAGACAUCUAAAAGUAGGACACUGAUAACUAUGAACAUGAAUAUCUACUCUACUUUUACUCUUGUAGGAUAAUAAAUGAUUCCAUUGUUUCUGGGGGGUAAUUUACGAUGCUGUAAUUUACGUUCUUCUAGGAAACUAGAAAAUAGGUCAGCAAUUAAUUGAAACAUCUGCAAACAUACUCGGAAUUACUAUAUAUAAGGCAAAAAAGAGUUUGUACAAUUCCAACAAACUUGAGAGUCAAGUUUUGGUAUGACCACCUUUAUUCUUCAACACAUCCUGAACUCUUUUCGACAAACUUUUUUAUAAUUUCUUAAAGUAGCCUUCAGGAAUAACCCAGUAGUCUUCCUGAAGGACAUUCAAAGCUCUUAUUUGUUGUUAUUGCCAUGUCUCGACAGCCUCCCUUCCACUGAAACCAUUUCUGAUGAAACUUCAGUGAAGACAUUGGGUCAUGAAUGGAUCAUGAAGGGCUAAAUGCAUCUCUCGGUGCUUUGUCAGCCCAGCAAACACCUGCUCCUAAAGCUCACACGAUAAUCAUGGACUCCAACAAAGUGGUGGAAAACAUCUACCUUCUGGUCAUCGUCACUCUUGUCAGCGUGCUUCAGAAUGUUUUUUUCGCACAGAAGGUGGAGAGGGAAUGCAAGAACCAUAAUACCCGCACAUCAGCUUUUGAGCGAGUGUCUUGUGCCAAUCGCAACUGCAUGGAUGCUUACCCCACUUUCUUGGCAGUAAUGUGGUGUGCUGGUCUGUGCCUCAGUCAAGCUCCCGCUGCUUUCGCUGGGAUCAUCUAUCUUGUUGUCAGGCAGAAGUACUUUGUUGGAUACUUGGGACAAACCUCUCAAAGCACCCCAGGAUACCUGUUUGGAAAACGGGUCAUCACCUUCCUUUCCCUGAUGUGUGUCGUUGGCAUCGCCAACUACCUGCUGGUGCGCUUCUACGGCAGCGACUAUAAAGAAUAUGUGGAAACCAUCACUCAAGCUGCAACUGCUCUUCUGCUUAUCCCCUAAAUGAGUUUGUGUCUUUCCAUGUUAAUCCUUUAGCUCCUGGAUCUCUGUUGCAUUAAAACACUGUUUAAAAGAUUCAUUGCAUUUGUUGGAAAAAUAAUAAAACCAUUUUCACAACCAAA